AUGUUGUUUCAGAAUAUCCUCAUUGCCGCUUCCAUCGGCCUCGCCGCCGCCUCUCAAUCCUCCGGCCGAGAAUGCGGUCGCAAGAUUGCACCUUGUCCCGAAGACACCACCUGCAAGCCAAUUCUUGCCAACUGCAAAGAUCUCAACAAAUGCUCAGGCAUGUGCGACUUCAAGAAUAAAUAUCAAACCUGUGGAGGCUUUCGCGCCAAGCCUCCUCCGCCUUGCAAGAAGGGGACUCACUGUGUUGAUGACCCUCGAACUCCUGGGGACUGCGGCAUGGCUUGUGAUAAGCCUGGCAUCUGUGCGCCGAAGUACCCGCACACAUGCGGAGGUUUCACGGGAAAGCAGUGUCCUAAGGGUCUGUACUGCUAUGAUGAUCCGUCGGAUAAGUGCGAUCCUAAGAAAGGAGGGGCUGAUUGCUCUGGAAUUUGCCUGUAGGGAACAGCUUUGAGGUUCACGAUUAUGAUGUGGUUUAUGGGAUUCAUAUUUGCCUAUGGUGGGAGGCUUCCUGAUGAAUAUAACGAAUUGCCCAAG